UGACACUGAAAUUAAAAAAGAUAAUAAUGGCGGACGUAUUGUAAAGUGACGCAAACGUAACGUCCUACGGCAUGCGUUUUAUUAAUAUUUUCAGAGUUCAAGUUGUGUUAAAUCGUUUUUUAACGUCAUUAGUGAACACAUGACCAUUUAGAGAGUUGUCGGCAGUACACCCGAACAAUGGCGCGCGAGUUUGAUCAUCUUUUUAAACUGCUGAUUAUCGGUGACAGUGGUGUGGGUAAGAGCUGUCUACUCCUGCGGUUCGCCGACAACACGUUUUCGGGUAGCUACAUUACGACGAUAGGCGUCGAUUUCAAAAUAAGAACCCUAGAACUUAACGGAGAGCGAGUGAAGCUGCAGAUAUGGGACACAGCAGGGCAGGAGCGGUUCAGAACGAUAACCAGCACGUAUUAUCGAGGCACUCACGGCGUCAUCGUCGUGUACGAUGUCACCAAUGGAGAGUCCUUCGCGAACGUCAAGCGGUGGCUGCAUGAGAUUGAACAGAAUUGUGAUGUAGUGAACAAAGUCUUAGUUGGAAACAAGAAUGAUUGUCCGUCACGGAAAGUGGUGGUGACGGAGGACGCUCAGAGGUUCGCCAGCCAGAUGAACAUACCCCUGUUCGAGACUAGUGCAAAAGAGAAUAUCAAUGUGGAGGAGAUGUUUCUCACUAUCACAAAAAUGGUACUAAGAUCAAAGCUCGAAAUGAAGGAGAGACAAAACGUCACAUCAAACGACACAGUCAACCUGAAGAAUAGCCGCAGCAAAAACAAGAAGAAGUGUUGCUAGUGGUGAAAUAGGGCACAGUGCCGGACACUAACGCUAUGCUCAAAUGUGUGUUGCACAACCCUAGCGGGACCUCGGACUGCAAUAAGCCAGCUUCACACUCGUGCGCGAAUCGCGGCGCGAAGUCGUGAACGCGAGUGUCGAGUCGAGUUCGCAGAUUCGCGCAAGAGUGUGGAGGGGGCUAUACAAGUGUUUCAUUAGUGUCAGAGAAUAUUUUCCUAUUAGGAAAACAGUCAUACUGUCCAGUCGCUGGUGCUAGGAACAUGAACUAUGGAUUUGUUCGAAACCCGUUUUCAAUAUUUUGAAAAAGGUUUAACUCUGUUCUCUCGUAAACGGACUUGAUUGGGCAGUUUGGACAUCAUGAAGGGUAAUUUAUAAACGUGUACUGCAUUUUUAAUGCAUGUUAUAAAAUGUUGAUCUCUAUUUGAAAUUUUGUCGCAAUUGAGUCGAAAGUUUAUCAUUCAUUUUGGGAUAAUUAUGGCCUGCAGACAGCACAAUAGAUUUUUGCAUACUUUUCAUUGCCACAUAUUUACAUAAAGAUAUAUAACAAUUGUAAGCUAAUUAAUUUUCAAUUAUUAUUUGUACUACUGGGACACCAAAUGCAUAAAACAGUGAAUUCAAAUCUCGUAAAGAGAAUGAUUCCAUGGACAAGAUUCUACUUUAUAUUAUCUUUGAUCAAGAUCAACAAUCUCUACAAUAUGAAUGCAUCUUGAUAUAUUGUAGAGAAUUGUUAUGUAUGAAAGCCAAGACUGAGCAAGAUAUUUAAAAAUGUUGGCAGAAAUAUAGUUGUUUUAUUGCCUACAGUAUGAAAUUUAAAUAGGCCUGUCAGUGGAAAAGCACUUAAAAUCUGUCAGGAUUAAAUUCUAUGGACACUGUGCAACAAGUUUGUAUAUCAUUGUCAAUAUGUGGUUAUUUUUCAUUAUGCUGGGUUGACACAUGUGCACAGGGAGCGAGCAUGUAUAUGGAAACAUUGACUCCAAAAAUUACAUUAGGCUAUUAUGAAUGCAUAGGUGUGUUUGUACUCCCAAUAUCUUUAUGUGGCGGAGUGUGUAUGAUAUGGAAAUGUUGCAUAGAAUAUAUAAAUGUAUACCAUUAAUUUAAUUUUUACUAAGGUCUAUUUUGAGGGCAGGCAUCGUUUGGUUUCAUCACAUGAUUUUUUCAUGGCUCAGUCACUUUUCAAUGCAGUAUGUUUAUUAAGAUGAUAUUUGUACGUAAAUUUUGGCCUAUGUUAAACAGUAGAAACAAUUUUGCCGAGCACAAAAUAUAAUAAUUGGGGCAUUAUCUAUGAAAAGAGAUCUUAUUGUGGAUGGCGCUUACGCCGCACAGCUGCAUGCGGCAUUGUAUUUCUAUCGGAGCAUCGUUAAUAAUGGCGUAAGCGCCAUCGACAAUAAGGUCCCUUUUCAUAGAUAACGUCACAAUUGAACGGCUAGUAUAAUUUGAUGACCAAUUGCCAUUUUAUGCAUAUAGCCGAAAUUGUAUUUUAAUUAAAUGAAUGCUGUUAUAAUCAGAUAUAAAAAUAGCAGAAUAUGAUAUGCGGGGAAUUUAUUGUGGAAAUGGAAAUAUCAACUGUGCGUAUUUCCUGGCCAAACGUUUUACAGGAAAUGGCGAACUGUGAUUGGGCCAUAUCGGAACGAAUAAGGAUAAUUUUAAAGUAAAUUAAACAAUUGGAAAAUGUAUUAUUAUGAUUAUUUAACUAAUGGUGCGAUAUUCAAGUGUUGGUACUGAAUGACCAAUUCAUUUUGGGCCUUUUAGGGGCUAUAUUAACCACAUCUUUUACUUUUAAAAAGUAACUUUAUUAACUCAUGGCUGAAACGGUACACACAUUUGCCGAUCACAUUUUAAAAGUAUAUUUUAUUUUUGUUUGUCCUUUAGUCAUAUAUAUUUUAAUAUUUACAUAUCACUGUAAAUAUUGGCAAAGAUAUUUUCAAUGCCAAAUUUUUCGUAUUCUGUUUGGUUGACAACGAUUAAGUUGUUCAUAACUAAUUAAAUAACAUUUAGAAUACUCACAAAGCUCUGUGAAGUUAAUGCAAGUUUGUAAAAACGUUUACCGUAAUGAAAACAUAACGACAAGUUGUCUAUCAUAUUAGAGAAAGUGGGAUUCAGUAACUAAAUAGAAAACUAAAUUUCAUCGUCAUGCAUCAAAAUAUAUAUAAGUAUGUACUACUAUUUGAGAUAAUACUUUAUCCUUUGUCCCUGACAGACAAACGUCAAUCAAACAUCUGUUAUUUUGAUACGAUUUAAUGACUUACGUAUCAGGUGUAAAUGUAUCCAAAUGGCUGAAAAGGCAAAUGGUUAGAGUCCGUCUAUGCUAUUGUUAUUAUUGGGUUGUUAUGGCUCUUUGAGUGACGCAUCGACCAGUAUUUUAUCUAAUUCUAUUGUGACGGCCCUUUAAAGUUCAUUAGAGUUAGAAGAAGAAAAGUCUGCAGCGAUUUUGAUAGCUCACGCAGUGCAAGUGUCAUUUUAAACAUCAAACUUUUAUGAAAUGAUUACGUAUAAAUAACAAUUGCACUUCAUGGGCUAUCAAAAUCGCUGCAGACUUCGUCUAACUCUACUAAUGACCGUUGCAUCUAUACUGCAAAACGUAAUUCAAGACCAAAAAAAGUGAGACAAUGUUGCCAUUGCAAUAAUUUGUUUCUAAAAUUGUAAAUUCCUUUUGAUAAAUAAUCACGCUAAGAUAAUUUAUUCAUUAGUAAUUUUACUCCUACUAUUUAAAAAAGUACUUUUAUUUAUUUAUUUGUACAUAAAUACAAGACGCGCUAGUAAAAAAGUGGCAACAUUUCUUACUUUUUUUGGUCUUGAAUUACGUUUUGCAGAUUAGAAAAUUACAGAUUCUUCCGUGUAUGCUAACUUUGCACUGGCUUGAAUAGAACGAAGAUAAGAGUCAUUAUAAACGUCAAAUUUUCAUAUAAAUUUGACAUGGAUAUUACCACACCAUCACAUUGCAAAUGCUAUGCAGAGUUAGCUUGGUCGGACUCUAAACUUCUUAAAUUAUCUGUCGGGAUCAAAGUGAAUGAGAAGGUAAUUUUGUGAAAUUUUUUAGUCAAGCAGUACCUAUUGCAAAUUCCAUUUAUUUAUUUAUUAAAAACUCCGAUCAGGAACCCAUUGGAAAACAUGGAUUGAUAUUUUUGUAAUAUAUUAGGUAUAAUUUUUAUCAUUUAUGAAUUUAUAAACAAUUAUUUAACCAAA